CCCGCAGCCGCGCCCCGCAGCCGCCGCCGCCGCACCAUGAAGCGGCAGAACGUGCGGACGCUGGCGCUCAUCAUGUGCACCUUCACCUACCUGCUGGUGGGCGCCGCCGUCUUCGACGCGCUCGAGUCCGAGGCGGAGACGGCGGAGAAGCGGCGGCUGGAGGCCAAGAGCCAGGAGCUCAAGAGAAAGUACAACCUGAGCGCCGAGAGCUACCGCGAGCUCGAGCGGGUCGUGCUCAAGCUCAAGCCGCACAAGGCCGGCGUCCAGUGGAAAUUCGCCGGCUCCUUCUACUUCGCCAUCACCGUCAUCACCACCAUAGGCUACGGGCACGCGGCGCCCAGCACGGACGGCGGGAAGGUUUUCUGCAUGCUCUACGCGCUGCUGGGCAUCCCGCUGACGCUGGUGAUGUUCCAGAGCCUGGGCGAGCGCAUCAACACGCUGGUGCGCUCGCUGCUGCGCCGCCUCAAGAAGCGCCUGGGCAUGCGGCGGCCGGAGGUGUCCAUGGCCAACAUGGUGACCAUCGGCUUCUUCUCCUGCGUCAGCACGCUGUGCAUCGGCGCCGCCGCCUUCUCGCACUACGAGAACUGGAGCUUCUUCCAGGCCUACUACUACUGCUUCAUCACGCUGACCACCAUCGGCUUCGGCGACUACGUGGCACUGCAGAAGGACCAGGCGCUGCAGACACAGCCGCAGUACGUGGCCUUCAGCUUCGUCUACAUCCUGGCGGGGCUGACGGUCAUUGGCGCCUUCCUCAACCUCGUGGUGCUGCGCUUCAUGACCAUGAACGCCGAGGACGAGCGCCGCGACGCCGAGCAGCGCGCGUUGCUCAACCGGGCCGCGCAGCCCGGAGCGGUGCCCGCCGUGCCCGAGGCCACCGCGGUGACCCCGGCCGAGAGCGGCUUCAGGAACGUCUACGCCGAGGUGCUGCACUUCCAGUCCGUGUGCUCGUGCCUGUGGUACAAGAGCCGCGAGAAGCUGCAGUAUUCCAUCCCCAUGAUCAUUCCCAGGGAUUUGUCCAGCUCGGAUACGGGCGUGGAGCGCAGCCACUCCUCGCCCGCCCGCUGUCCUGAGACUCCGGAGCACCGGUGUUUCUGCCGGCCCCGGCGCUCCGCCAUCAGCUCCGUGUCCACCGGGCUCCAGAGCCUGGCGGCGUUCCCGGGGUUCGCCAAGCGCCGCAGCUCCGUGUAGCCCCUUCCCCAGCCCGGAUCCCUCCCGGACUCCGGAACGACACCGGUUCGCUCCGGCAUGGAUUUUAAUUUGGGACCUCUUGGUUUAAUGGAUUUUUUUAAUUUCGCAAAACAAACCACUCCUUGAAAAUGUGAAACUCGGGAGAGCCUUGGAAUUUGGAGGGAUUGGGAGGCUGUGGGCAGCCAGUCCUGCCCUCUCCAUGCUGUGCAUCCCCGGGAAUUCCCCGGGAAGCGCAGAGGGGCCACAGAAAUCAGGCUAAGAGGGGCUUAGCCAGAGCUUUUCCACAUCAGCCAGCCAGAAAAGCAGCCGGGAGUCACGUAGGCUGCUCCAAACCCCGGGAUUUGGGGCUGUCUUAACCCUUUGUGGGGGGCAGAGCUGGGAAUUCAGUAUUCAGCGGGAAUCUUCCGCGGGAGGCUGGCUGACCCCGCAGGAUUCCCAUCUCCAUCCGUGCCGAGGGGCUGGAAUUGCUCCCCUCAGGGAGGCGUUUUGGGGACAAUUUGAGAUAUUCUCCCCUGGCAUCCCCACCUCCGUCCUCCCCAAGGCUCCAGGGAUGGAAUUGUUCCCUUCAGGGAGGUUUUUUGGGGACAAUCUGGGAUAUUUUCCCUUGGGAUCCCCAUUUCCAUUCUCUCCAAAGCUCUGGGGAUGGAAUUGUUCCUCCUGGGAAGGCGUUUUGGGGACAAUUUGGGAUAUUUUCCCGUGGGAUCCCCAUUUCCAUCCUGUUCAAGGCUCCAAGGAUGGAAUUCUUACCCUCAGGGAGGUAUUUUGGGGUAUUUUCCCAUGGGAUCCCCACUUCCAUCCUCACCGAGGCUCCAGGGAUGCAAUUUUUACCCCUGGGAAGUAUUUUGGGAGAAUUAUCCCUUGGGAUCCCCACCUCCAUCCUCCCCAAGGCUCCAGGGAUGGAUUUGUUCCCCUCAGGGAGGUUUUUUUUGGGAUAUUUUCCCCUUGGAUCCCCAUCUCCAUCCUCACUGGGACUCUUGGAAUGGAAUUUUUCCCUCAGGGAGGAAUUUUGGGGACUAUUACCCCUCGGGAAUCGCCAUUUCCGUCCUCACCAGGAUUCUGGGGAUGGAAUCUUUCCCUCGGAGAGGUAUCUGGGGGAAAUCUGGGAUAUUGCAACACUUUUCCAUCCUCUACUGCACACCCCUCCCCACCACCGCCCUCACCCCCGGGAUACUCCCGGAAUUCCCCGGGAUCCCCCAGGGGUAACCUCUGUCACCACCACCCCGACAGGGAAGCAGAACUUCCCUCCUUUCCCAUUCCCACCUUUCCAGGACGGGAUUUUCCCCUCCCAGCACCCAAAGCCCCCUCGAGGGGACACGGGGGGACCCUCCUGGAGCCCUGGGGGUGGCAGGGGGGACGCUGGGGACGUUUUGUCACCUUUCCAGAGAGGAAAAUCCACGGAUUUCUGAUCCUCGAGCUGUACACAGGUGAGAUUCCAGAGGAUAUUUAUUACAAACAGCGCUGUCCACGGAAUUCCAGAAAUAUCCGUCGGAGAGGAGGCUCGGGGGACACUUCCUGAUGGUUCCAGGGAGGAAUUUCUGCAUCUUCCUCAUCCAAGGGCUCCCGAUUCCCACCGGGAAGGGUUCCCUGGUUCUCAUGCCAAAGCCGAUUUGUCCCGCGGGGUUCCGUUCCUUGGAGAGAGAAAUAAAGGAUUGUUGGAAGUUC